AUGAAACUUGUAUUUAAUGGAAUAACUAGUGUUAAUGAAAUUGAUAAUGUAGGUGGCUUGGAUGAAAAGGCAGGAUACAAAGCACAGAAAUUGCAUGAAUUGAAACGAACCAAAAGAGAUAAAGAACGAAAAAAAGAAAAGUAA